UGCUGCCACGAUAUCUUUGGAUCUUAUAGACCCACACCAUUUGAUGUACUUCACUUACCAUCGGACGGUCCAAAGCUUUUUUCCCUUCUUCUGAUCAUCAUCAUUACAAUCACCAACUCCUUAAACGCAGAUCUAGAUCCUCUCCGCAUGCAUGUGGGAACCAGCGCGUAGGUCCCCCCUGCCGUCUCCGGCUGCGCAUUGCGCACCCGUUAUUUUUGGAAAUAUUUUUAAGAGCUUAAAAUUAUCUAUCGACAAAAAUAUGAUACGACAGAUGAAGAUAGAGAAAGACGUGCGUUUUCGAAAGCUUUUAGCACAAUCCCUGUUGAAGGAAAGCUCGCUUUAUUUUUGUUCUUCUGAUGUUGAUGAUCUUUCUUCUUCGAUUUUCACUACUAUAAUUGAGGGAGAAAUUAGGGUUCUCACUUUUCAGUGUUUUAUUGACACCUCUCCUUCCCUUCCAGUCUCUGAAAAUCCCCACUUUUCCCAUCAUCAUUAAAAAAGAAUGAUUUUUGGCUUUUAUUUUGAGAUCUUGAACCACUGAUUUCGUCUAUUGAUGCGACUGGUGAUUCUCCAAAAAUGGCACUGAAACCGAAUUCAGCUGAUGGUAGAACCAGGAGUGCGAUUCAGAUAUUUAUUGUAUUCGGAUUAUGUUGUUUUUUCUACAUAUUAGGAGCAUGGCAAAGAAGUGGUUUUGGUAAAGGGGAUAGCAUAGCUUUAGAGUUGGCUAAACAUGGUACAGAUUGCAACAUCGACCCAUCCUUAAACUUCGAAACCCAUCACGCUGGUGAAGUUGGGAAUGUAGAUGAAUCCGAAAAGCCUAAAUCUUUUGAGCCCUGUCCUGCUCUUUACGUUGAUUACACGCCUUGUCAAGAUCAAAAGCGUGCCAUGACUUUCCCUAGGGACAACAUGGUUUAUCGCGAGAGGCAUUGUCCGAGCGAAGAAGAGAAGUUGCACUGUCUUGUUCCGGCACCUAAAGGAUAUGUGACCCCGUUUCCUUGGCCUAAGAGUCGGGAUUAUGUGCCUUAUGCUAAUGCCCCGUAUAAGGCCUUGACGGUUGAGAAGGCUAUUCAGAACUGGAUCCAAUAUGAGGGUAAUGUGUUCAGGUUCCCUGGUGGAGGAACGCAGUUUCCGCAAGGGGCGGAUAAGUAUAUUGAUCAGCUUGCUUCCGUGAUACCAAUUACUAACGGGACAGUUAGGACUGCACUUGAUACCGGUUGUGGGGUUGCAAGUUGGGGUGCAUACCUCUGGAGUAGAAAUGUUCUUGCCAUGUCGUUUGCACCGAGAGAUUCACAUGAAGCACAGGUUCAAUUUGCUCUUGAAAGAGGUGUACCUGCUAUUAUAGGUGUUCUUGGGACCAUAAAGAUGCCAUAUCCAUCAAGAGCUUUUGAUAUGGCUCACUGUUCUCGUUGCUUGAUUCCAUGGGGAGCAAAGGAUGGAAUGUAUUUGAAGGAGGUUGAUCGUGUUCUUAGACCAGGUGGUUACUGGGUACUUUCGGGUCCACCAAUCAAUUGGAGGAACAAUUACAAAGCAUGGCAGCGUCCCAAGGAGGAACUUGAGGUGGAACAACAAAAGAUUGAGGACAUUGCCAAACUGCUUUGCUGGGAGAAGAAACAUGAGAAGGGUGAAAUUGCCAUUUGGCAAAAGAGAGUCAAUGAUGAUUCUUGUCGUGGUAGACAAGAUGAUUCUCAAGCUAGUUUCUGCAAAGCUGGAGAAGCUAAUGAUGUCUGGUAUAAGAAAAUGGAUGUGUGCGUUACUCCAUAUCCAGAUGUUAGUAGUCCAGAUGAAGUUGCUGGUGGGGAACUGGAGCCAUUCCCAGAGAGGCUAUAUGCUGUCCCUCCUAGAAUAGUUGGUGGAAGUGUUCCUGGAGUUUCUGUCGAGACAUACCAAGAGGACAACCAUAAGUGGAAGAAGCAUGUAAGUGCUUAUAAGAAAAUCAAUAGACUUAUUGACUCUGGGAGGUAUCGAAAUAUUUUGGAUAUGAAUGCUGGGUUGGGAGGAUUUGCUGCAGCUCUUGACUCUCCCAAAUUGUGGGUUAUGAAUGUGAUGCCCACAAUAGCAGAGAAAGAUACCCUGGGUGUCAUAUCUGAGCGAGGAUUAAUUGGCAUCUAUCAUGACUGGUGUGAGGCGUUCUCCACAUACCCAAGGACAUAUGAUCUCAUUCAUGCACAUGGUCUUUUCAGUUUGUACAAAGACAAAUGUAAUCCAGAGGACAUUCUAUUGGAGAUGGACCGAAUUUUGCGACCAGAAGGUGCAGUUAUAUUCCGAGAUGAAGUUGAUAUUCUAGUUAAAGUGAAUAAGAUAACAGCAGGAAUGAGAUGGGACACUAAGAUGGUUGACCAUGAAGAUGGCCCUUUAGUUCCUGAGAAGAUAUUGGUUGCUGUUAAGCAAUAUUGGGUUGUAGGGGGAAACACCACAUCCGUGCAGUGAACAGCAGAGGACAGCAAACUUGAAACCUUGGCAUGAAUUGAGCUGGCAAUGCACUCUAUAUGAAUUGAUUAAUUUCCAGCCUGAAAAAUUUUGCCGGCAGGAUUGUUUCGGUGUAGGGAGGCGAUUUCAGUUAACCAUCAAUGAUCGGUCUCUGUUCAUUUGUAUUAAUUUAUGAACAGACAGCUAUAAAAGCUAUGCUUCCUAAGUUUUACGGUUAAUGAAUUUUGACAUUAUUAUUUGGCUCCAAAAAAUGAUAGCUUAAA